GCCUGUGUGAGUACGGGGGGGGGGGGAAGGGUGAUAGGGUUACGCUUUCGCGUUGCACAAAGGCGAGGUUGUUCCGCGAUUUAUUCCACGACCUUUUUUUUGGGGGGGGGGGGGCGACGUGACAUCUCCGCGCUUUAGCCGAGCACGAAAGGUUGAUUACGCGUGAAAAAAUCCGUCAACAAGCCAGCCAACCAGGCAUCAACCCAAUAGUCGCAGUCACACAACAAGCAACAACAACAACAACACUAAUAACACGACGAUCGGCCCCGGGAGAGUCAGGUUUAGCCAUGACGUCUAUGGCUCUGCCUCACCUGGUCCCGAUGCUGCCGAUGCUGCUGCUGCUGCUGUUACCUGCUCUCCCUUCCGCCCGGGCCGCGGGCAAUGAGCCGAGCCUGCUCCCUCCUUACUUCAACGUGGCCGAGCGGGCCAGUGCCAGCGCAACGGCGACCUGUGGUCAAGACGAGGAGGGCAGGAGCCGGGAGGACACGUCCUGCGCUCUGUCUGGGACUGCCGCGCUCAGUGCACAGGGCAACCUGUGCGAGAUUUGCAGCCUGGACGACCCGGACUCCGCACACCCGGCCAGCAACGCCAUCGACGGCACGGAGCGCUGGUGGCAGAGCCCUCCACUCUCGCGGGGGCCACACUACAAUCACGUCAACGUCACCCUCAACCUGGGACAGUUGUUCCACGUGGGCCACAUCACGGUGAAGUUUGCCAACUCUCCCCGACCGAGCGUCUGGCUGCUGGAGCGAUCGGCAGACUUUGGACGCACGUACUCGCCCUGGCAGUAUUUUGCUCCUUCGGAGCAAGAGUGCCAGCGGAGGUUUGGGAUUGCGGCUGACGAGCGCGUGAGCCGAGACGAUGACGUCAUCUGCUCUACGCAGCACUCGGGCAUUGUGCCACUCGAGAACGGCGAGGUGGUGGUGUCGCUGAUGGGCGGGCGUCCGGGCGCUUCGGACACCUCCAUCUCUCCCGCGCUGCGCACCUUCACGACGGCUUCGCACGUGCGACUGCGCCUCCUGCAGACGGGCACGCUGCCGGGGCACCUGUUGGCCAAGGCGCAGCAGGACCCGACCGUCACGCGCAGAUAUUUCUACAGCAUCAAGGAGAUCAGCGUUGGCGGGCGGUGCAUGUGUCACGGCCACGCGGACUCGUGCAGAGCGCGGAACCCAACCAACCCCUACCAGCUGCAGUGUGAGUGCCGGCAUGGCACCUGCGGAGACUCGUGCGAGCGCUGCUGCCCGGGGAUGCAGCAGAGGCCCUGGAGCCCGAGUGGUCCCGACGGCGCCAACGCUUGCGAGCCGUGCAACUGCCACGGGCACUCGGACGAGUGCGUGUACGACGCCGAGGUGGACGCGCUCCGCGCCAGCAUGAACGCGAGCGGCGGCUACAGCGGCGGAGGCCUCUGCCUCAACUGCCAGCACCACACUUACGGCAUCAACUGCGAACGCUGUGAGCCGGGAUACUACCGACCGACCGGCGUAUCUCGCGAGUCCCCAGACGCCUGCAGACCGUGCGCGUGCAGCGGCAAGCAUCUCGCGGGCACCUGCAAGGACGGCAGCGGUCACUGCCACUGCGCGCCCGGCUUCAGGGGAGACACGUGCAACCGCUGCGUCGAGGGACACGGCAGAUACCCGGCCUGUCGCCUUACAGCUGUGGAGACCUCGGUGGAGAUGACCCCACAGAGGCGGCUGCCCAAUGCCCCACAGAGAGAUCAGCCCUCGGUGGAGAUGACUCCGCAGAGGCGGCUACCAGGCAUGCCACCCAGAGCCGUGGAGCCCUCGGUGCAGAUGACCCCACAGAGACGGCUGCCUAAUGCCCCACACAGAGGCAUGGAGCCCUCCGUGGGGAUGACUCCACAGAGGCGGCUACCGAACAAGCCGCACAGAGUCCCCGAGUGCAGGGGCCCCGGUGCCACCUCCAGCCACGUGGAUGCGAGCAGCGGCCGCUGCCGGUGCCACACGGGGUUCGAGGGGGCGCGCUGCGAGCGCUGCGCUGGAGGAUACUUUGGAUUCCCUCUCUGCCAGAUGUGCCAGUGUAGCACGGUGGGCACCGUGCCCGAGGUGUGUGACUCCACUGGACGCUGCCUGUGCCGCCCCGAGUUUGACGGGGAGUCAUGUGACCAGUGCGGUCCCCUCCGCCACUCCUUCCCACAAUGCCUCGGUUGCGCGUGCGACCCGUUCGGGGCGGUGGCCGAGGACUGCAGCGGCCAGGGCCAGUGCCGGUGUCGUCCCAACUUCGUGGGCCUGCGCUGCGAGGCGUGCGCCCUCGGCUUCUACGCCUUCCCCAGCUGCAUGCCGUGCGACUGUGACGUGCGCGGCUCCUUCUCCGGAGAGUGCGACGCGGUGUCGGGCGCCUGCAGCUGCCGCGCGGGAGUCUCGGGGCGGCGCUGCGACGCCUGCGCUUCGGGCGCCUACGGUUUCCCCGCUUGCCAGGUGCUCUACUGUGACCCUGCCGGCUCAAGAAGCGGCUCGCAGUCGGCCCAGGCCGGGUGUCAGUGCCGCGAGAACGUGCAGGGAGCCAGCUGCGGCGUCUGCAAGCCCCUCCACUGGGACCUGCGCGAGAGCCACCCCCAGGGCUGCAGAAGCUGCCAGUGCGACAGGGAGGGCGCGCUGAGUGGGCUCGCUGAGUGCACACAGGAGACGGGACAGUGCCCCUGCAAGCCCCACGCUGAUUCCCGCACGUGUGGCCAGUGCCAGGAUGGCUUCUUUGCUCUGAAGGCCUCCAGCUACCUGGGCUGCCAAGCGUGCGGCUGUGACAUGGGCGGAUCGCUAGGUUCCGGCUGUGACGCCGGCACGGGCGCUUGCAGGUGCAAGAAGGGCGUGAGCGGACGCUCGUGCUCCAGUCCUCGCCAGGGCUACUACUUUCCCGGGCUGGAGCGGCUGCGUGUGGAGCUGGAGGACGGACGAACGCCCGCGGGGGACCCCCCGCGCUUCGGCUUCGACGGGGCGGAGUUCGCCAACUUCAGCGGGCGAGGAUACGUGAAGAUGUCGCCUCUUCAGGAAGUGGUGCAGGUGGACGUGGAGCUGGGUCCCUCCACCCUGGAUCUGUACGUCGUGGCGCUGAGCUACGUGAGCACGCUGGACGUGCCCGUGAUGGGCAGGGUGACGGUCACACCGCGUGGGCCGCAAGCAGGCUCGGCGGUGCAGCAGGAGAAGGCCGUGGUGUUUGCUGCCGGCAUGGGGCCCGGUCGCUCCAUCACGGAAGCCAUCGUGCUACGCCCCGGCUCGUGGACUCUCUCCGUCCACGUGUCGUUCCCCUCGUCUGCGUCAUCACCAUCAUCGCACUCAACCUCGUCGCCGCUGCUGCUGUUGGACCACUCGCUGCUGCUGCCCAGUGCCGGCGCCCUCGCCGAGUCGCCGGUCCUCCGGCAGGCUGCCUCUGACCCCUGCUCCGUCAGUCCGACCGCCGCCCAGCGCGCUCAGCUGUGUCUCCAUUACCUGUACCUGCCACUGGAGGGGUUCGCCGGCAUGCGGGGCAUCGAGGGCACGUACCACGGCGCCGGCACCCAUCGCUCGCCCAGCCAGGGCCGCAAGGCCACACACAGGCACCCCGUCAUGGCCGACGUCAGCCACAAGCAGCAAUCGCUCUACCUGGCCGUGCGGGCUCCGGUGGCCGGCCGCUACUCGCUGCUGCUGGAGUACGCGAGCGAGGCGGAGUCCGAGUCCGUGCAGGAGGCGCGUGUGUCCGUGCGCGACGCCGGCGGGGUACAGCAGUCGCUCAGGGCCAGCGUGCAGAUCCUGCCAUGCAACUACAGCUUCCUCUGCCGCGCUGUUGCCCUGGACCCGUCCGGCGGCGUGGCCUCGUAUGACCUCCCUGAGCAGGCCGAGCUGCACCUCACGGGCAGUGGCCUCAACUUCCUGCUGCACAAGGUGUACCUGAUACCCGUGCACAGGUUCAGUGCGGCCCUGCUGGAGCCCAGGGUACACUGUGUGUCCCGUCAUGGCACCUACUCACCCACCGGCCACGAGUGCCUCGCGUCCGAGUUCCUGUUCCCCGCCGGCUCCGUGCGGCUCGCGCCGACGCACGACUCGGCGGAGAAGCCCGGCGUGGGUGCGAGCGGCACCGCGGCGUUCGGACCAAGGCCUCAACCCCGGAACCCCAAGACCCUCGCCGAGGGCAGCAGCGCUGAGCUCGCCCUGCUCGAAGGGGAGGAGAACCAGGUCCGCAUGAUCGUGCGGGUGGAGAAGUCGGGACGCCACGUCUUCCUGCUUCACUACUUCCAGCCGGGGCAGCCCAGUGUCCACACCAAGGUGGCACUGGAAGCCAGCACUUGGUCCUGGCAUGGCUCCUUCAACGCCACGUUCUGCCCGCACGCGUACGGCUGCCGCGGCGUCGUGGCAUUCGAGUCUCAGCUCGGCGUGGACUUGAGGGAGGGCCAGGAGGUGUCCAUCACUCUGACCAACCCCUCCGGCGAGGCCCUCUGGCUGGCGUACGUGCUGGCGGUGCCGGAGCACCUCUUCACGCCCUCCAUGCUGCGGGAGGAGCCCGUCGACCGUUCGCGCGACUUCGUCACCGUCUGCGGCGCCCACGGCUUCUCCAUGCGCGGAGACUCCGUCCCCGAGUUCUGCCGGGUGGCGGCGUCGUCGCUGUCGGCGGCGGCGGAUGACGACGGCGCCCGACCGUGCGGCUGCGACCCCGCGGGCUCCCUUCCCGGGCCGUGCCGCCCCCUCGGCGGGCAGUGCCCGUGCCGCCCCGGCGUCGUCGGACGCUCGUGCGACCGCUGCGCCGCGGCUCACCACGGCUUCCCCGAGUGCCGCCCGUGCAAGUGUGGCGGGCGGCUGUGUGACGAGCGCACGGGGGAGUGCGUGUGCCCCCCGCGGACUGUGCGGCCGGACUGCACGGCGUGCCAGCGGCUGACGUUCGGCUUCCACCCCCUGGCCGGGUGCCGCCCCUGCGAGUGUGAGGAUCAAGGCCUGGCCAAGGCCGGGUGCGACCGUGAGACCGGGCAGUGCAGGUGCAAACCGAACGUGGGAGGGCAGCGGUGUGAGCACUGUCUGCCGGGAUUCUUCGGGUAUCCCGAGUGUCGCCCGUGCGACUGCGACGCAGCCGGGGUGUCCGGCGCCGGAUGUGACGCCGUCACGGGCCAGUGCCUCUGCAAGGAGAACGUGGAGGGGCGGCGCUGCGAUGUUUGCCGCCUCGGGACCUUCGACCUCGGCGCGGAAAACCCCAAGGGCUGCACGGCCUGCUUCUGCUUCGGAGUCACGGGGGAGUGCACAAGCUCCGAGAUGCACCAAGACACGAUCGCAAACAUGUCGGGCUGGCGGCUGCUGAUGGGCAGUGGGGGCGGCGGAGAGGAGAGCGUGCAGGUGAAGCACGAUGAGACGGCGCAGAGAGCGGAGGCCACUCUGAGCAAGCGGCUCGUGGACGCCGAGCUGGAGCUGUACUGGGCAGCGCCGCACGCCUACCUGGGCGACCAGCUGUCAUCGUACGGAGGGGAGCUGAGCUUCCGGGUGCGUGCCUCUGGGGGUCAGGACGGACAUCGAACUCCACCCGGUGACCACCAGCAGCCCGACCUCAUCCUGCGGGGAAGCCACAUGAGCUUGAUCCAUCGCGCCGAGCGGCAGCCGGUCGUGGGAGAGACAUUCCACGGCUCCGUGCGACUCCUGGAGGGCGGCUUCCAGCACGACGCUAGCGGGCGCCCCGCGUCGCGCGAGGAGCUCGCCAUGGUGCUGCAGGACCUGCAGGCGCUGCUGCUGCGCGGCCGCACCGGCCCCGGGCCCUCCCGACUCACCCUCUCGCACGUCGUCAUGGAGACGGCCUCCGCGAACGUGUCCGGACCGCUCGCGCGGGGCGUUGAGCGGUGCCUGUGCCCCGCGAGCUACCGGGGAGGUUCCUGUCAGGAGUGUGCCCGCGGGCACUACCGCGACAGCCGAGGCUCCUUCUUGGGCCGGUGCCUCCCGUGUGACUGCAAUGGCCACUCGGACGAGUGUCAGGACGAGACGGGCGUCUGCAUCCACUGCGAUCACAACACGCGCGGGGAUCACUGCGAGCUGUGCCGGGAAGGCUGCCUGCCCCGCGACGUGCAGGGCGACGAGCCCAGCAGCCAGUGCUUCCCCUGCCCCUGUCCCAUGACCAUCCGCUCCAACCACUUUGCCAUCGGCUGCGUGCAGAAGCCAGAGGGCCUGGAGUGUCUGUGCCGUGAGGGCUACGAGGGCAAGAACUGCGAGAGGUGCGCGCCGGGCUACUUCGGCAACCCGAUGGUGAUCGGCAGCGAGUGCAAGGCCUGCCAGUGCAACGGCAACGCGGCGGACGACGGCGGCGGCCCCGGCGUGCCGGGCAGCUCGUGUGACCCCGUGACCGGCCGGUGCCACGAGUGCCGGCACCACACGGCCGGCCCGCGCUGCCAGGACUGCGAGCAGGGUUAUUACGGCGACGCCGUCUUCGCCAACAACUGCACGGCUUGCCGCUGCGACAAGUGCGGCAUGAAGGGAUGCGACGGCAGGAGUGGGAAGUGCAUCUGCAAGCUUGGGGUCAUGGGUCACUCCUGCAGCACCUGUGAGCCGGGCUACUACGGCUUCGACUCGUGCAAGGGCUGCGAGCCGUGCGAGUGCGCCGUCGCGGCCCUGGGCUCGCAGUGCGACCCGCGCUCGGGACGGUGCCGGUGCCCGCCCAGCGUGACGGGCCGGCGCUGCGAGCUCUGCCAGCCCGGCUACUGGAACUACGGCCCCAACGGAUGCCAGCGCUGCGAGUGCACGACGGGCUCGUGCGACCCGCAUUCGGGACGGUGCAGCUGCAAGGGCGGCGUGAGUGGCGAGCAGUGCGAUCAGUGCAGCAGCCCUCUGGAAGUGCCGGUGCUCACAGCGGACGGCACCAUGCAGUGCGACAUGUGCGACGGCUGCGUGCUCACCCUGCUCAACGACAUGGACGGCGCCGGCAAGUCGCUGUCCGACAUCAAGAACAUCCUCAAGGGCGUGAGCAUCAGCACCGUCACAACCGUGCGCCUCAGCAAGCUCAACUCCUCCCUCCUGCAGGCGCAGAAAGACCUGUCGCGCUACAAGAAGUCUGUCACCGACCAGAAGAAGAAGGUGGACGUGAUGGAGACCGACACAAUGGACUUCCAGAUGGACAUCAACGUCCUGCAGGAGCAGGUGGACAGCGGCACGCGGCGCGUGAAGGCCCUGGAGGCGUCGCUCGAGCGCACGCACAAGCGCGGCGGCGGCGUCAGCAGGACCGUGGACAGCGUCGUGCGCUUCAUCCAGGAGUUGAUCUCGAAGUCCGGCGCAGGGCCCAGUGGGCUGCCCCUCCCUGCCGAGGAGUUCCAGCGGAAGAUGGCGGAGGCCGAGUCGCUCGUGCGGGAGAUGAGGAACAGGAAUUUUGACAAGAUGCAAGACGUGGCCGACGAAGAGAAGCGGCUUGCGGAGGAUUUGAUGAGUCGUGUGCGUAAGGAGUUCUCCAAACCGCUGAAGGACCUGGCGAGCCGGGCCAGCACGGCGCACGACAACCUGGAGAAGUACGACCGCCUCCUGGCCGACCUGCUCGAGUCCAUCAACGCCGCGCGCAACCUCACCAACUACGCCAACACCCUCAACAAGGUCAACCAGGCGACCCUUGACCGCAACCAGCAAAAGGUGAAGGACGUGAGGCAGGCGGCGGGCGAGGCGAACAAGUCCCUCUCCGACGCCGAGAACGUGCUCGGCCAGGCCUACCAGAUGAUUCAGCUGCUGGAGGCGUCCCGAGUGGAGUACGAGAAGCUGUCAGCCGAGGUGGACGGAGCCAAGAACCUUCUCCGGGACAAGGUGGAGAAGAUGGCGGAGGGCGCGGCGCAGGAGCCGUUGGUGCGGCGAGCGGAGGAGCAUGCCAAGCGCCUGCAGGAGCUCGCCGACAACCUCAAGCGGCUGCUCAAAGACAUCGACCAGAACGAGUACAUCCAGAAGGCCAUCCUGGCAUCCAAGGCCUACGAGGACAUCAUCAAGGCCCUGAAGGAGACGGAGGAGGCUGCCGACCAGGCGCUACAGGCUGCGCUGAAGGCCGAGCAGGACGUGCAGCGGGAGAACCUCCCGAAGAAGGCGGCCGAUUCGAAGAAGGCGAGCGAGACACUCAAGAAGGAGAUAGAGGACAAACAAGGGACGCUUAAGGACCUGGAUAAGAAGCUGCAGGGAGUCAAGGACACCGUGAACACGGCCAAGGACAAGCUGAAGGCUCUGACGGAUGCCCUUCAGCGCGCCAAGCAGGACCUGGCCAUGGUGGACCGAGGGAACAUUGACGAGGUGCUCCGCAAGGCCAAGGAGGACGCGCAGGCCGCGGGCGACCUGGCCGUGAGCACGGAGAACGAGGCCAACAGCAUCCUCGAGGAGGCGAAGAAGCUGGCCGAAAAGAUCAAAAGCGGCGCCGUCGACAGCCAGGGCUUCCAGCUCGCUUUCACCGAGGCCACCAAGAAGGUGAAGGACCUGACGGACCUGGUGCCCGAGCUCCUGAAGAAGCUGGCCGAGCUGGAGGGCAAGAACAUCACCGCGGACGUCGCCGGGAAUCUGAGCAAAAUCCGGGAGAUCAUCGAGGCGGCGCGGCACUCGGCCAGCCUGGCGAAGGUGGCGAUGAAGUUCAACGGCACUUCCGGGGUGAAUGUGCGGCUGGGGUCGCCCCUGGAGGAGCUACGGCCCUACACCUCGGUGGCCCUCUACCUCCUGGACGCGGAUCCGGCGCGCGGGGAUGACACCACCGGUGACGACAGCCGCUUCCUGUUUUACCUCGGCAAAAAAACGGAUGGAGGUCGCAGAAAGCGCCAGACGGGUUUGGGCGACUACAUAGGAGCCUUCCUGGAGAAAAAGAAGGUGGUGUUUGUGUACAACUUGGGCAUCGGUGACACCUUCCUACGGUUCCCCGAGCCUGACGCCAUCAUCAACUCUAAGGCUUUCACCUACGUGAGAUUCGAGCGGAUCUAUGAGCACGCCCAGGCGGAGUUUCGGCAAGACAAGCGGAUAUUCAAGACCACGUCCGUCGCCAGCCGGAAGGACUACCUGCUGGACCUGGACCCGGCCAACACCGUGCUGUAUGUGGGCGGUGCUCCUGCUGGUGCUCAGCUGCCCGCGGCCCUGUCUCUGCCGAACUUUGUGGGGAACCUGGAGCUGGCCGCCAUUAACGAGAACAUAACGAGUCUCUACAACUUCGAGAAGACGUACUUCAUGAACACCGCCACCGAUAAUCCAGCCAAGCGCUACAAGGACUCGCCGGAAGUGAACCCACAGACGUACUACUUCGACGGCACCGGGUACGCCGAGGCGCCAGUGGACUCCAGCGGCAGCCGCUACAACUUUGACUUCGACAUCCGCACGUCGAUGGAUGACGGCAUCCUGCUCUUCAUGGAGAAAGACAACAAGUUCAUGUGCCUGUCCAUCUACAACGGGCAGCUGCAUUUCGUCUUUGACUUUGGCGCUGGCCCCGUGGUGCCCAAGUAUUCGUCUGUCAUCAAGAUCCACCAGAAGGACUACUACGCGGUCCAGCUCAACGUGUACCAGUUGGUCAGCAAAGUUUCCCUCAACGUGGGGCCCAAGUCUGAGCGGCUAUUCUUCGACGUCUUCAGCCCGGAGAUCCAGUCCCUGUGGAGCGUGGUGGGGAACAUCGCCUACAUCGGCGGGGUUCCCAAGGGCCGAAUCCCAGACAGCAUCAAGCAACACCUGCCGGUGCAGACGUCCUACAAGGGCUGUAUGAAGGCGCUGAAGGUGAUGACCUCGGCUAUUUCGCUCAAGCUCAUCCCCACGUCGGGCAUCAUCUACGGCUGCUACGACAACUUCGUGGUUUCCCGUGGUGCAGAUUUCACCGGUGCAGGUUACCUGUCAUUCCAACCCGAAGGUUUCGAUGCCACCGACUUUGAGUGCGGCUUGACGUUCAAAACCACGAGUCCCUCCGGCCUUCUGAUGGGCUCUGCCGACAGGGACCUGCAGAUCUCCAUGGUGGAAACAGGCAAAGUGCAGCUGAAGCUCGGCACCAUCACCAUACGGAGUCUCACCAAUGGGUUUAACGAUGGCCUGCCCCACUAUGUCAAAGUCACACGCCAAGGCAACACGGUUCGAAUGGCGGUCGACAACAAGUACGAGCCGGACACGGAGAUGGUGCGGAGAAGGCGGGCGAGCCGCCAGGCCCCUGGGCAGCUCUACUUCCUGGGUGGCUACGCUGAGGCCUCCGCCUCCAGGUUCAACGGCUGCAUCGCCAACGUCUACGUCCGCCGACCUGGCGAGGAGCACGUGGAGGACCUGCACAACUACGUGGAGAAGCUGGACGCUUCGCUGGACGGCUGCGUGGGCAGCCUGCUGGCAGCGCCGUGAUGAGGCACCAGGGGCUCACCACGCAGGGGGCGGCCGCUGACCCCUGCCCACACCUCCUGCUCAGGGCUGGGGGGCCUCUAAGGAGGACAGCUCAUUCUCACCCCCACCGUGAUGGGACCCACGCUUCCAGUCAUGGGCAAUGCCACCGCUUCACUAGUAGAGGGCAGUGCGUGGUGGGGAGGGGGGGCUGCCGAACUGACUCCAUGAUCAUGAGGAUGGGCGAGGGGAGAGUGGGAUGGAGUCAGGGGUGGGGAGGGGGGGCUAACGGCAGGGCUUAGGGAAUGCCAUAAAUAUUGAGUUGGAAAAAAAUCGGUGCCUGUCCUAUAGCUGAGAGGAUAGGGCACAGAAACAACACAGUUUAAUGCCUGAGUCAGAAUCUGGUUAGUUUUUCCCCAUCCCCACGGCUACAUUGUCUCAACCGAGCUACUUUGGUUUGUUUUAACAUUCUUAAAAACUGGUUGUAUGUACGAUGGAUAUACAUUUUACAGGACAGACAUUAUUUGAUUAUGAUUGUAGGAAAAAUGCAUUUUACUGAGUAAAACAUUUAAGCAUUUGGCUUCUUGCCCACUAUCUCAAGUCGGAGGGAGAUAUUCCCUAUCGCUCUCUCCCGUUGAUCUUUUGUCUCCAGCGCUUGAGCCAGUGUCUAGGGUGGGAGUUUCCCAGAAGCAAGCGUUCUUCGACAAUGGUACGCUCCACAGUCAGCUUGAAGCAAGGACAUAAUGGAGCGUGCCUUUUCUUUCAGGGGUAUUUUUUCACAUUAUUAUGAUUUGACACGUAAGGUUUUUAUCUUCGCGGGCAAUAUUAGAAUUCAUAAUUAAUUUCUGGGUUCAGGCACUUCAUGAUGUGACCAAAUUUCCAUCGUUAAGACCCUUCACCAUCCGAUAUAGCCAAAAUAAAUGCAAUCGGCACGUGUGCUAGUGUUUAACUUGCCAAUUAUGAUUAUUUUAGCUCACCUGUAAGUUGAAAAACUAUUUCCACAAACAAGUUUCGCAAUUAGGAAAUUCCUGGAUUAUCCAUUAUAUGGCCAAAUCUAAUACUCAAUAAUGAAUCAUUGUUAUUAUGUGAUGGUACCACUUACACCCGCACUUUCCACAAUCCUAAGUACUAAUUUCACCCUGCCUAUGUCAGCCUCGCCAUCGUCUCUUCUUGAGAAAACUACCAAAGAAUUAGCUGCAUGGGAGAAGCCAUUCAUAAAACAGUGUUCAUAUAUGAUGUAUGAUUAAUUUUAGAGAGCUGUUAUAUGAUGUUUUCAUUUAACUGUUGGUACAAAAGAAACGUUUUGAGAACUGGCACACACUGGGCAAUUUUACAGCCUUUGUGUUCAAUGUUGUGUUGAUAGGAGAGGGAAAAUAUCAACGUGAGGUUUUAGAGGCCACAAUAAAACGAAGAAAAUAAUCUUAAAAUCUACCGCAAUAAAUUGAGUAAUGCAGGCACUUUAUAUCCGUACGACAGCACACGCCGUGCCUGGGUGUUUUGACGGCAUUUUCUCAGAUACAAAUAUAAGACAAAUCGCAUCCGGGCUGAAAUUUGGCCUCGUGCCACAGGGAGGAUUCCUCGUUCGGUCAGCGAAGCGCGUUCACUCGUGCGAGCUCACGGUCCAUCCCGUGCCAGCAGGGAGUGCUAUCGAACAAAGGGCCGGACUGGUCAGUGCCUCCUUCACCGGCCCUCGCUUAAGUUGUGACGGACAGGUCACUACGGAGGGAACGGGGGGGGGGGGGGGGGUAUUACCGCGUGCCUGGUGAAAUGACGCCAAGGCUGUGUUAUCAUUCCAUGGUCACGUUCCACUCAUUUGUGAUUUUAAGAUGGUUUGAGAAAUUUAACGGGGGAACGUCCAAAACAGACAACCGGUAUACGGUACAUUCGGGAAUUCUGCAUAUUUCGGUUUAUGCUUAUGCAAUUUUACUGUUCAGAAUAUAAAUGCGACGAAAACAUGUUAUACGGUACAAACAACAUUUUUUUAAGAUACUCCAAUAUUUUCACAAGUCGGUGUAGUGCCAUUGUCCAGAGUAUUUUUUAAUUCAAAAUUGUAUGUUUUAUAUAUACGUAUACAUUGUCAGUAAAUUAUCGAUUGAAUCGUUGGUCAGAUGAAUGAACUUGGUGAACUGAUGUACAUUUUUACGCUCGACAUUCGCACACGAGAUAUAUUGCAUGAGUGGGAGCGUUGGCGUGGGGGGGGGAGGAGGGGGGGAGGGAAGAGGGGGGGGGCCGUGUGUGAACAAUGUCAAGGUGCUAUAUUUGUAAUAAUUGAGACGCGUUAGACGCCCGUGCUGUCGAUAGUUGUGUGCGCGUUUAGUUGUUUUCUCUUUUUAAAGCCAACGGUAUAUAUUGCACAGACUGUUUAAGGAAGUGAAUUCUCGUCGAGCUCGUACUUUGUGGUGCACACUCUGCGCCGGUGGAGUUUGGAAGUCCACGCCGGUUCUUCUUAAAACGAGCGAACGCCGUCGUGAGCGGUGUGAGGUUUCCCGUGUGUGCGUCAUCGUCCGAGUUAUUAAGCCCGAUGCUGGGGGGGGAGGAUGCCAGAGGACAAUCGUCCCAUCACUCUUUGUUAUUCUCGCAAAAUAAAUGCAAAGGGAGCAUUCGACCACCUCCUCCUUUCCUCAGUCUUUUUGUAAGUGCCUUUUAAGCCGCAAAAAAUAAGUCGGGAGACUACUGCCGUCCGGAUCACGCAUUCACGCUCGCAUCGAUCGGACGCUUAAUCACGACGAUUGCACGAUAAUCUCACGCGCUGGCAGCUGCUCAUUCUACGCUGCAAGCGAAUACCGGUGCAGCCAUUUGAGGGCCCUGCACCGCUCAGAGCUACAGAUCUCAGACACAAAUGACCCCGCGUGCCCCACUUUGGGGAUUUGUUAUUCCAUGCCCUGACAGAGAGGCUAGCGCGCGUGUUGAAUGCAAACACCGCGAAGACCAAAGGCUUUGCUGGUUAUACAUCGGUUAUCACCUGCGGGGGCGAGAACACAAAUAACGACACCCAGUGAUGUUUAGAUGGAAACGCUCUUGUGUUUAAAGAGUGCCUGUUAAAAAUAAGACCGUCUUGAGGGCAGCACUCAUCGAGUGUAGCGAUCUUGCUGACUCGGCGUGUAAAAAUAAAUGGGUUAAAAUGGAUUCUAAGGCUGACAAUAUAUUCGUGGAAUUGCGCAUGUAAUAUAUAUUAUUUCCGUAUUCUUUGGUUCUUUCGGUAAAGUCACGUAGAUGAAAAAAAUAAUGAAAAUAAUAAAUAAAAUCACUGUGAUUUAAUUUAGUUAUUUUCAUUUGAUUAUUUUCAGCCAUUCCACCUGCACGCGUUAUAAUCGGCGCCGAUGCAUUCACUGCCAGCACACUCCACUUUCUCAGCCAUUCCACCUGCACGCGUUAUGACCGGCGCCGAUGCAAUCGCUGCAAGCACACUCCACUUUCUCAGCCAUUCCACCUGCACGCGUUAUAACCGGCGCCGAUGCAAUCGCUGCAAGCACACUCCACUUUCUCAGCCAUUCCACCUGCACGCAUUAUAACUCGAGACUGUAAACCAGAGGCGCACCCCGUUGCCUCCUCCACUCGGGGCCACGAAUCGCAGCGAAGUCACUGUGAUCCCACGUGGCUGGUCUUGAUGCAUCAGUGUGAGUUGGUGCGUCUGAACACGGAAUUGUCAAUUUUCUUGUGUUUGAACAUACACUGUUUCAAAAUUGUGUUCAUUGUGAAAAAAAAUCACUUAAGGAGCGAAAUUUUCGUACUUUUUGGUGCUAUGGUCAUCUAAAAAAAAGUUCAUUCUCUUGCAUUUAAAUGAAAAAGAAGCAUGGAUUUUUGUAAAAAAAAAAUGCGCUACGUUUAGAAAGCAAUUCAAGUAUACUGAAUAAAAAAUCUGUAACUCUGUUUCAGUACUGUGUUUAAAGCAAGUGAUUUCUCUAAAGCUGUUUAAUAAAUAAUUAUUAUUCAUUUAGCUGCUGGCCUUUUGAAUUAAGGUCUUGAGUAUUCGACAACACGAACAUACAGAAUUAUCAGCAACCAAGUGGUAGAGGGACAGAAGUACUGUAUCUGCUCGACUUAAAGCUAUCACAUAGUCAUUAUUAUUCAAGGCCAAUUUUAAUGAAAUAUUCACACUGACCAUACACUUUCUAUAGGGCUCCGUCAUAUAUUCGUGUAAGUACUGUAUACGGCAGUGUUCGAGGAUAGAGCAACCAUUAAAAAGUUAUGUAGUUCAAUACAGAGCUACAGUCACAUUUAUUUUAUUACUGACCGUGGGCAUAAUUAAAACUGACCAAAAUCAGCUUAACGCUUACCAUUUUGCUUGUUUUUUUAUUUUCUUUCUACGUGACUUUACCGAAAGAACCAAAGAGUAAUUUUGCUUGUUACUAACGAUUAAAUAUGCCUCGAUUAAAAAUGGGCCAUGCAGUUGCGGAGACAUCUCUCUCGGAUUUCGUGAAACCGAAUCGCCACCGACUGCUUUGCCCACACCUGAACGAGUUGUUUCGCAACGAGGACAUCGGGCAGCUAUAAUUCACAAUGAUAACAGCCAAUCACAGUUUGCAAAUGUGCAGCACGUGGUGAAAUAUACUUCACUCACACAUCGCUUGAGCAGAUCUCUUGAAAGUAGAGUCUCUGCUGUAAGAAACCGGUUGGCCAAUUGCUUGCAACUGGUCACAAAGACUUCCACGUAAAAGCGAUGCAAUUGCAUGCAACCCAAGGCUGCGCAACUAAUCGGUCGUUCAGGUGGGCUUCGUAUGGCAGUGCAGGAGCUCGCUCAGCUGGAAGCUGGAAGCGGCCUGUGCAUUGCCGGUCUGUUGUGGGUCCUGCUGCUAUGUUUUCAUAGUAACCACAGAGGCUUGAGGCGAUGCUGCAAUUAAAAGAGUUCCAAAUG